UGAAAGUCAAGAUCCGAUAUUUCAUAAUGAAUUUCAGCCUUGCGAAACUAAAUUUCGUGUACCUCUCUUUUUUUGUGUUUGUUCGACUCGCAUCGUGCACAUGUUUUCUUCCUAAUGGCACAGCAAAGGAAGACGAAGCCACCCGAGCAUGUUCCAACGACCCAGCCAGCCCGCUUUCAAAGAUAUGCUGCCAAACAGGAUGGGACAACGCACCAGGAAACGAUACCAAGUUUGGACCUACUGCAGAUGAAUGUCUUCCGAGCGGUGUUUGCCGCAACCGUGGAUUCUCUAGCAAACCCGGCGAGGAAUAUCCUCCGUGGGAUCACUUUUAUCGAGUCACUUGCACGAAUCAGGAUUGGGAUGAAGGUGGAUGUCUGGACGUGUGCAGUUCAGGGUUUAAUGCCGACCAAGUAGUUCAGCUCACGCCGUGUGACGAUACUGCGACCUCUGAGAAAUGGUGCUGUGGCGAUACGAAGGACUGCUGCGCGGCAGGUUUCGAAUACAAGGCCGUUUAUAUUCCCCAGAAGCUGGGGAGUCUGAAUAAAAUUAAUCAGACAUUACCUACCGGCAAGAGCAAUGCAGAUGACCUUCUACAUGACGCUAGGAUUGGGUUUGGUGUCGGGAUCGUGGCAGCUUCUUGCGUCUUCUUCGCUCUAGGAUACAUUCUAGCGCGGUAUCGAUGCCAACGAAAGCUCCGCGACAUGAGCAAGCAAAUCACACCGGGUGAGCUCAGUGGUGAGAACACAGCGACGCAAGAGAGUGAAUGGAAGGGAGGAGUGGUCAAUGAACUUGACAGUGAUGGACAGGCCCACGAGCUGCCGGACUCUGAACAACAUCAUCGGCGAAGUAUGGUAGACCAGGGCACUUAAGAAGAGUGAGCCAUCUUCUUGUCCUAUUCUCGGGUUUGUUCAUUGAGGUACUUGUGCUGUGGAGGAAAUGGAGUAUGCGAGCAGACUCCAUAGGGUACACUUGAGGCUGAAUAAUUUGUUGCUGUUUAGCAUUUGCAGGAUGACGUUUAGUGGUGUG